CUCUGUAAGUGUUUGUGUGAGUUUCAGUGUGUGCCAGUGUAUCUAUGUUAUUUCUCAUUACAACUAAAAGUGAGGUUUCUAUUCCCUUCUACUUUUCACCAGUGUGGAAUUAGACUCCCUACUACAAAGUCCUCACUAAACUAUAAAGAGAACGUCUGGGUCUCUGAUACUGAAGGAGGAAGGGAGGUGCACGUGUGUGUGUGAGUGUGAGAGUGUGUGUGUGUGUGUGUGUAUGUGUGUGAUGAGUCAUUCAUCACACACCAGAGCACAUGGUUUUCUUGCUUGCUUGCUUUCUUACUGUCACCAGCGAACUUCCAUUAGACGGUUAGCCUCUGUGUGUUACUGUAAUGAGAGACUCAGCCGCAGAGCUGUGAAUCAGUGAUGAUCACACAGCACUAUAUAACGAGAGCCAGUGAGAGAACACCAAGCCAGGGCCCUCAGACAAUCUCUCUGUGCUGCACAGUGAGAGACUUCGGUAUUCCUACCUCUCUCCCCUCCCGGCUGCCUGUCUGAGGGGUUAGGAAUACUAAAGUGGAAGUACCUAGUUAGGAGUUCAGGAUUUUAGCCUUCAAGUCUGGGUUACCCAAUUAUCACGGAGGAUGGCAAGAAAAGCAGCUUGACACAGGAUUGUAUCAAGGUUGAGCUAUGAUGCUGUCUCUGUUUUGGACGGGUUCAGGGGUCAGUUCAGUGGAUGGCCCCAGAACUGGCCAAAUGGAAGGGGGGCCAAUCGAGCAUGAGGAGGAAAGCAGGCUGAGACUGGGGGAGCGUCCCGGCCUGGGGAAGGGAGCCUGCGGGAAGGACGAGGAACAAGAAGAGGGAGAGGGACAGCAGCAUGGGGAUGAAGAAGAGGGAGGAGAGGGACGGUUCCCCGAAACCGAUAGAGAACUGGAGGGAAACCAGAUGGGGGGCUGCUCUGAAAAAACAACAACACACAACGACGUGGAUUUGGAGGACGCUAGGACCCUGGUAGCCUUUUCCGCCUCCGCUGUGUCCAUGCCACCGCCUUUGAGCAGAGAGACGGGCACGCCGGGGCCUGAGUUACUGCAGACUGCGGUGCUGUACGAGCAAUUCAACAUGGAGAUGGCCGGCAACAGCAGCAGCCUGUCCGAGGUUGGCGGGGGUAAGGGGAGCAUCGGGGGCUCUGACGGCCAGGGGGAAGAGGACUUGAGCAUGCUGCAGAACGCCCUGAGUCUGGCCAGACACGGGAAAAAGCCGCCCAACUGCAACUGUGAUGGCCCGGAGUGCCCCGACUAUCUGGAAUGGCUGGAGAAGAAAAUCAAGAUGGCCAUUGGGACUGAGCAGAAGUGCGGGGCUGUUGAUCAGUGCGAUCGAACGCCUUCGAAACCCGUCAACGGCGCUUUCCCUACCCCCCACCGAGCCCCGAGCCCCGCCGCGGAAACAGAAGCAGAGGGACGGGAAGAUCGUGCCAGAACACCUUCGACGGCGUCUCAUUUUACCUCCUACUCACAAAACGCCAUUUCCAUCGCCAAGGAGAGGAACGUCAGCUUGCAGACGGCAAUCGCUAUCGAGGCCCUCACCCAGCUGUCCUCCAUCCUCCCCCAGCCCUUUGUACCAGCUGGGGAGUCGGCAACAGCCAACCUCUCGCUGUAUCACCCUAAUCCUUUCCUGAGUCACCACCUACCCCAACUUCAGCACCACGACAGCGGUAGCCACGCAGAACCUUCCCCGCCUUCUUUGCAAACCUCUUGUGGUGGCCCCAAAGACCAGGGAGCACUUGUGGGAGCCACAGACUCCUCUUCAUCCUUAUCAACAUCUCUAGCAUCUCCCGUCAGCGUGUCACCCUUUGAUUCCCCUAAUCACUCACAUUGGGAAAAUCAACAGGCCUUGCAGAUGCAACUGCAGAGCAGUAGGAACAGCGGCUGUCAUAACAGUUUUCAAUCUUCUUCCCAGGUGUUCCCAAGCCAGAUCGUUCCUCUGACUUCCCAUUUCCAAAGGCAGCAGAGGCAGGACCAGCAGGAGCAGCCCACUUGGGAGCCCUUGCCCAAUUCCAGUAGUCAACAACCAGCCAACCAGCCUUCCCAGAACCCAUCCCCAGCCACAUUCUCCAGACCCGGACACAGCCCAAACCCUGCUCUGCCGGAAAGCCCUAACUUUACCAAGCCGGGCCGAGCGGCCAAUCCCUGGAGGACGUUGAACUGCAAUCAGAGCUCCCCAUCCCCGUUCAGCGACCCCAUCACGGAGCUCCACCAGUUGCUGGGAGACACUAACAACAAAUACUUGCCAUCUGUGUUUAAAAUCCCCGAAGUGUUGCAGCAGCAUCCACAGCAUCUCAAAGACAAAGGGUUGUUGGCUGCCUCCAAGAUUAAAAAUGAGGUUGUGGAUCCUGCUUUCUCCUCCAGUGGGAGGAAUUACAGUCUGGUCAAUGGUCAAGCCAUGAACCAUUUUCCUCACCAGCACUCUGAAACUAUGAGCCUGCACUACAAGACCCAGGCCGCACUGCAACAGCACUUGCAUCACAAAAGGAACCUCUUCCAGGAACACAGCCCCAACCCCUCCGCCUUGCCGUCCAACUUCCGGGACCUUCAGCAGAGCUGGUUUGCCCACGGCGGGCAUCUCGCCCCGGCGCCCGUCAAGCAGGAGGUCAAAGAGAAAAAGACCAAGAAGGUCGGCUCAUCUCCGUCCCAAAAGCUCCCUUUGGGCGCAAACCAGCAGUCCCCUCUGCCCAAACCCAAACAGAUCGUCAUCAAGAAGACCAAGCAGAAAGCCUCCCUCCCAACCUUCCUCCCCCAAGCGCAGAUCAACCUGGACCUGCUCCGGCAGAAAGCCCAGGAGGAAAGCCGGCAAGCCGCCUUGGCAUUGGCAGCUAUGGCAGGGGCAGAAAGCCACUACCUGACCCCCGACCAACUUUCGGUCAACAGAUACCCAGGGCAGCCUACGCAGCACCCACUGAACGCCCGGCUUGCACCGCCCAACACUCAGGAACUGAUCGCUCACAGUGCUGCAACGUCAACUACUUCCCCAGCCUACCAGCCUGCUCCAGGACAAGCAGACUUCUCUGGGAGCGGCCCCAUUCCGACUCCCCCUAACCUCACUCCUGCACCAGCCUCCACUUCCUCCACCCUGCCUCCCGCCUCCAUGGAUUUUGUGGAGAACGUCGGGAGUCAAGUUGGUUCAGGGUCGGAUGAACAAUACAAGGCUUCGGAUUCUAGGAUGAGCUCCUCAGGCCAGGAACCCGAUACAGGUCAGCCCAGCAAGAGAGGUCCCCUUGCUCCAGCUCUCCAGGGCAUUCACACACUUGAGGACAAGUUCGAGGACCUCAUCCGGCAGUUUGAGGCUGAGUUCGGAGGGAACAGUGAUCAGCAAGAACAGAAGCAAGAGCAGCAGCAGGAUUCUAACUCAGGACAUCCCAAACUGGAACUGACCUCCUCAACUCCUCAGCCUUCUGCAAAUGGUGCUCCCCAAAACUCUUCUGUAGUGCCACCAGGAGCCGGUCAGGAUGUCGAACGUCGAUCCCCCAACGUCAUUUCCGAUUUUGACCCUCCCAACUCGUUGUCAUCAUCUCAGUCUCAGGGAGUAUCGGAAGCCCCAUCUCUGUCCCUCCAGUCUGCCUCCCCCUCCCGGGACUCUGUCCUGCAGCAGCAGCAGCACCGGGUGCUGGAGAACCCUUUCACGCUGCCCUUCUCCUCUCCCUGCUCCCCGAAGAAGAUCAAGAUCGAGUCUUCUGGUGCUAUCACGGUUUUGUCCACCACUGCUUGCUUCAGCAUGGACAACGGGCUGGGAGAAGGACAGACCCCCUCCAAGGGUGAGCCCCCUUUCACCCCCUCGAUCAGUGGCUUCCUGGAGUCCCCCCUACGCUAUCUGGACACUCCCACAAAGAGCCUCCUGGACACCCCCAUCAAGGGGACGCAGGCAGAGUUCCCCACCUGUGACUGUGUCGGAUCCUUCACCACCCCCCUCAAAGAACAAAUCAUAGAGAAGGACGAGGGGCCAUACUACACCCACCUGGGGUCCGGGCCAACCGUCGCGUCCAUUCGAGAGCUCAUGGAAGACAGGUUUGGAGAGAAGGGGGAGGCUGUCCGCAUUGAGAAGGUGCUCUACACUGGCAAGGAGGGCAAGAGCUCACAGGGCUGCCCCAUCGCUAAGUGGGUGAUCCGCAGGGCGAGUGAGACAGAGAAGCUGCUGUGUCUGGUGCGGCACCGGACGGGGCAUCGCUGUGCCAACUCCUUCAUUGUCAUCCUCAUCCUGGCCUGGGAGGGGGUCCCGCGGGGGCUGGGGGACGCGCUGUACCGAGAGCUCUCCGACACCCUCACCAAGAUGGGCAACCCCACGAGCCGGCGCUGCGGACUGAACGACGAUCGCACCUGUGCCUGCCAAGGGAAGGAUCCUGACUCCUGCGGAGCCUCCUUCUCGUUCGGCUGCUCCUGGAGCAUGUACUUCAACGGCUGCAAGUACGCCCGCAGCAAGACUCCACGCAAGUUCAGACUGCACGGGGACCACCCCAAAGAGGAGGAGAAUCUGAGAGACAAUUUCCAGGAACUGGCGACACAACUGGCCCCCCUGUACAAGCAGCUAGCCCCCCAGGCCUACACCAACCAGGUCUCGACCGAGCAGUCAGCCCCGGAUUGUCGGCUGGGUUUGAAGGAGGGACGCCCGUUUUCCGGAGUGACGGCCUGCAUGGAUUUCUGCGCUCACGCUCACAAGGACCAGCACAACCUCUACAACGGCUGCACGGUGGUGUGCACUCUCACGAAGGAAGACAACCGCUUCGUGGGUAAGAUUGCGGAGGAUGAGCAGCUCCACGUGCUGCCGCUCUACAAGGUCUCCCUCACUGAUGAGUUCGGCAGCGAGGAGGGGCAGCAGCGCAAGAUGACAUCCGGAGCCAUCCAGGUCCUCUCCAACUUCCGGCGCGAAGUGCGCAAGCUCCCGGAGCCCGCCAAGUCGUGCCGGCAACGCAGGCUGGACGCCAAGAAAUCCGCAUCGGAGAAGAAGAAGAACCAGAAGGAGAAGCAGGCGCUGGAGAUCCCCGAUAAGAUCAUCAAGAGUGAGAUCAACGAGACAGGCAGGACGCAGAACCAGCAGCUCAACAAAGGCAUCCCCAAACAGGAGGUGAAGCCCACCAUCAAGAUGGAGCACAAAGAUCGGUUUGAGGGCUUCAAUGGGAACUGCAACCCUGCCCUGGAUGGCUACUCCGUCCUGGGAGGCUGCCGACCAGCGGACGCCUACGCCAUGAACAGCGGCUACCCCUCCUACCCUUCGUACUAUGCAAGGUCCAGCCUGCCUCCCUCAGCGCUUCCACCUCCAGGCCCUGCAGUGAUCAACGGCUUUCACCCCAAGUUCCCGCAGCCCUAUGGAUAUUACAACUACCCGCCGAACCACAUCUUCCCGUCGCAGUUUCUGGGCUACGAGGGCAGGAUCGGGGCUUGCUGGCCCGCAGCUGGUGCAGGUGGCUACGAAAAAAAGCCGGACGUCCGCACCCUGCAGGCCAGCCUGAACCACUCCUAUCCCGAGUUCUCAGAGUCGGCUUACCCUCCCUCUGUGCGGUGCUCUCCCGAGUUCUCCGCUCCUCACCGGACUAGUCAGAUCCAAGGGGACACAAGGAGUGUUCCAGGCCCCCUGACGAGGGUCAUCAAGCAGGAGCCAUUGGAUCACACACCGUAUCCCGACUGCGGCGGCAUUCCCAGCCUUCCCAGCGUGGAUGUGGGUGGAAUUCCAGGGUCCAGUCCGGCCCCGCAACACGAGCAGUGGCCGGGAUUCAAAGUGAACGGGAAUCUGGCCCCGGAGAGGUCGUGGAAUAACAGCAGCGCUAAGUUCCAGGAGAACACAAGGUUGUGGGAUUCCUCCUCUCUUACACGAGCCAGCCCCGGGCUAGUGGAGGCGCCGAUGGGUGUGGAGAAACAGCAGCAGCAACACUGGAACAAAAUGAACCACCGCAGCCUUGCCUCCCCUUCCCAGUCCCCCUCUCCAUCUCCCUCCCCCCACCACAUGAACCUUGCAGGGGGGAAUCCCUACGGCUUCAAACCCAACGAGAACUCCAGCACCCCCUCCCCCAGCCUGCAAGGAAAACAUUGGAGCCAAAUGGGGUACAAUCACGGCAACAGCAACCCAGGGAACGGUGUCGGUAGCCAAAAGAGGCCGGCCUCCGGGGGCUACCCUGACAAGAUGUGGGAGAACCGGAGUCCGACUCCAGUCGGUCUCCACGAGAAGGCCUGGAAGUCUUAUGGGGGCUCGGCCGCCGCUGGAGCUGCUCCCAAUUCAGGGCACAGUUUAGCCACCACCCCAAUCCCCACUCCAGAGGGCAAGCUGUAUCCCAACCCCUUCCAGGCAAGCGGGGAAGAAGCCUCAGCCAGCAAGAUGUUCUGGGACCCGUACGAGAAAGAGGAGAGAGUGAAGGAGGAGGAGGAGGAGAGGAGGAGGAGGGAGCCCGAAGAGGAGUGGUCCGACAGCGAGCACAACUUCCUGGACCCCAACAUCGGGGGCGUGGCGGUGGCCCCGGCACACGGCUCCGUCCUGAUCGAGUGCGCCCGACGGGAGCUCCACGCCACCACCCCUCUCAAGAAGCCAGACCGCAGCCACCCAGCCCGCAUCUCCCUGGUCUUCUACCAGCACAAGAACCUCAAUCAGCCCUGCCAUGGGACAGCCCUGUGGGAGGCCAAGAUGAAGGUGCUGGCAGAGCGUGCCAGGCAGAGGCAGGAGGAGGCCGCCCGGCUCGGGAUCCCCCAGGAGGACAUCAAGGCCUAUGUGAAGAAGCGUAAGUGGGGGGCUAGCAACGCCGCCAGCCCGGCCCCCGAAGCACUGGCGAGAGACAAGAAGGAUUUCCCGCCUACGCGGCACGGGACAAGCCUCAACACCAACUCUCAGAUCACGGUCUCCUCAUACGCUUACACGCAGGUCACGGGACCCUACAGCCGCUGGAUCUGAGAUUCCACGCCGUGGACCUUAGCAUCGUUCUUUUUUGUGUGUGUUUUUUUUUUUUUACCUCAAAUUCAACAGCAGCUCCUUCUUGCGGGUCGCUCUAGCUGUUCCUGGUGCUUGCCUCUUCUCAGACAGAGGAGGAUUUAUACUUGUGUUGUUAUUUGUUCUUUUGUGUUUGGGAGCGUGAGAUUUUCAAUCCUCCUCUCUCUCAUCCUCAGACAACCGAGUGGUUUUCGGGGGGGGGGCUGGAUACAGUGGAGUUUACAGGAAUUUUUAAUUUAUUUUUUAAAAGUGUGCAGAUUAUAUAUAAAAAAGAAACGACAACAGAAAAAAACUUCAACAGCAACAACAACAACCAAACAACGGGCAACGUAUUCUGGAGUCAGUCUUCUCUCUCUCUCUCUCUCUCUCUCUCUCUCCCUCUCUCUCUCUCUCACUCUCUCCGAGUUUUUAAAAACUUGCACAUAACCGGAAGAAGUAAACGUAGUAGUAGUACACUUCUCCCACAAAAAGUUUUUAAAGUCUAUUUUCAUUUUUACUAUUUAUUGUAAUUUUUGUUAGUUUUAUUUUAUUUAAAAACAACAACAAUAACAUUUCAAUUUAGGAAAGAGAGAAAGAAAGUGGAUUUGAAAACCCUGCUUCUUUCUCCAAACUCAAAGAGGAACAGGCUACAUCAUUUUCACAAAACAUGCAGGAAAUUUUGAAUCACCUGGGCGCCUUUUUCUACAACUACAAGCUCCACAAUUCCAGCACAUCUUAAUGUGAGUGCCACUGUCUUCAGGAAGCAGAUUAGCUGUGCAAAACUGGACAUCUACACUGGAACCUCUUUAUAUUGUAAUCACUGAGUGUGUUUGACGCAUGCACGCUUCUGUGUGGGAUACUAACUCUGUUAUCACAUGAAGUAUGGUCUCACAAGUGGCAAAGCACAGAGUUUGUCAUGCAAAGUCCUUACACAUGUAGUACAAGUUACUGUGACAUAGCACAUCAUGUUGCAUCUAAUGCAUCUGCUGAGAAUAUGCUGAUAUCGGUCUCUCUGGGUGAUUCAUAACCACCAGCACCAUAAGAAAAUGCAUUAUUAUAGUUAUGAUUUAUAGUUAUCGUUAUAGUUUCAACCCUAGACGGCAGACAGCAGACAGAAACACGUACAGUGUUGAUUGAUGGGGGGGAUUCAGAAAGUCCUGGGAACAUGAAGCUACCUUUUCAGGACCAGUGGCUUGAAACCUGCUUCCAGGAGACAAGGAGAACUAGUUUGAGGCAGCUUUGCUGUGUCACUCAAGCUUGGCUGAAAUGGUGCCACAGGUCUCCUCUGGUGUGCCAUGCAUUGUCCAUGAAACCAAGUUCCAAGCCACAAAGUGGAUUUGUAUUCCCAGAGAUUUAAGCACACGAAGCCACUUUGUGGCUUGGAACCUGGUUUUAGGAAACUAGGCUUCAGUCCACUACACAGCACACCAGUGGAGUCUUGGGGUUUGAUACAGCAACCUCAAACUAGGGCUCCCGGUCUCCUGGAACCGGAUUUCAAGCCACUGUUCCUGAAGUGCUCGGUCCAUGAAAAACAUCCAGACAGACCAUACCCACCCACAGCAGUCCUGUGCAAAUUACUAGUUACCGUGCCAACGCUGGCGCUUAAUUCGCAUUCUGCAGUAGUUUGUUCACAUGCUCGGUUGGUUAUGAGUCACCCUGUAUGUGUGCUUUGACUACACUUGAAUUCUCACAGGUUUGUGUUUACAUAUGCAUAGGGAUUGAGGUUAACCCCAGAGGGACUGUCCAGCACAUUUUUUUUAUUUGUAUGCCUCUUACGCACUUACAGAAAUACUAUGUUCCUGGUGCUCUUAUAUGACAUUGCGGGACAUUUUGUGCUUGCUGUAGACCGUUCUCUACUCGAAACUGCCAGGGACAAGCGACAAACAAUCCAGGUUGGAAUGGCUAACUGUGUCGCCGCAGCGCGAGCUGGCAUGGUGCUGGGUACAGACACAACACUGUAGUGUUGGUUUGUACUCCAAGAUACCCCGAGAUCUCAUGGGGUGUAUGGCAACUUAGCGUCGCUGGUGAUAGGGUCGGUCAUCAAAAAGGUCUCUCCCAUUUCUGUAAAUUGGGGCACAAGGAUACCCCUGAAAACCUUUAAAAUGUUUUUUUUUAUUAUUUUUUUAAUUAAGUAUUUCUGAUAAAGAUAAAAAUAAUAACCUGAUUCUGAGUUAAUUAUGUAUAUUUUGUCUUGCAAGACAAGUUCCCUUCAAUUUUUUAAAGGAUUUUAAAGGAUUUGUGACUCCUUAUUUUUAUUGGAUUGGUAGUUUGUUUUUUUUUUUAAGCGGACAGACGGUAAAAUUUGAGCGCGUCUGCCAGUAAUCUUAUUUGAGUUUAUUAAGAAAUAUAAGACGAUCAGAGAACUUUUUUAAUGUACAAAUUUGACAAAAUUCCAACCUGCUUAUUGCUUGUCUUGAUAGAAUUAUAUAUGAAGGGUUUUAAAAUGUCACACUUUAGACGACUAAAUCCUAUAAAAGAAAUAGCGAAGAUCUUUGGCUCUUGUAAUUACAAAAAUGCUAUUCUGCAUUAAAAGUUUAGAACAACAACAACAAAAAAAAAUGUUUAAGAUAAAACAUUGUUUUUAAUACAUUUUAGAUAUAACUGUGUUUAAGAUCAAAAGCAAAAAAUGUUACACAUUUUUUACAUAAUCCGCGUGUCUGUUAAAUUAGACACGCGCGGCAGUCAAGUGGAGAACGAUAGCCUUGCUACGCGCACAGCAAAUGCAAAACCGCAACUCAUCUUAACGCAGACAAGAUCUACAUACUGGUGCUAUUCACGUUUACUAUAAUGAUUGACUACGGUGCUCCCUUACAGCCCUCAGUCCUUGAACGCUGAAGAAGGUCCUGGAGGGCACGGGUAUACCCGAGCUCUGUGGCGCAUUUCCAAUGCAGCUUGCAUACCGGACUCACCAGCGUAUAAGCUGAACACAUGAAUCAAACCAGGGUUAAACCUAGACUCCUGUUUUAUUAAUGAUCUGAUCAUCUGACUUGUAAUCCAUGCACUUCACAAAGGUUGAAUACAUUUGUUUCCUGAGUUGUAAUCUAGUGUAUCUGGGAUUGCACUUCGACUGCAGUGUUAACAGCGGAGUUAUUAAUACAGUUUUUAGCACUUACAAAUGAUUACGGGUUAUUACAUCCGUGUCAGGGCAAACCGAGUUCUCAAUUUGCAGUUUUAAAAAACAGGCUUUGAAACUUGACAUCAUGGACUCUGGUGAUAACCCUGGUUUAACAAAACAACAUUGUAAUUUGAACUGUGAAAACUGAAUAAUGAAAAAAGGCCAAGAGAUUAUUAUUCUAACUAUAUUAUUAUUUUAUUAUUUUUUUUUAUGGAAAGAUAUAUAGAUCUCAAAUUCAUUUAGCUGUUUUUUUAGCUGAAGGGGAAAUUGCAGUGAAGGCUGCUUCGUUUAUUAGAAUAUAUAUUGUUGCUUUUAAGAAAGCUUUUUCACUGUAUACAUUUUUACAAAAUGCGAAGUAACGUUUGAUACAAGCAAAAUGUGUUAAUGUACGAUUUCCCUUUCAGCUAAAAGGAAAUUGAAUUGAGACCUAUGACCAAAUUACUUUUUCUCAAUUCCAGUUUUAAUUAACACACCGUUCAUUUGGUUUAAAAAUUGUCUAUGAUUCCUACAAUAAGGAUCCAGAAAAAAAGAAUAAUGAAUAUUAUUAUUGUUGUUAUUAUUAAAAUAUUUUAGUUUUUUUUUUUUUUUUAAUGAAUUACAGAAUUCAACUUGUACGCCAGGGUGUGUUAUAGACGACCUGUAUACGGUAGUGCAGCUGGGCAGCGGGCUUUGCAUUUUACAAUACUGUGAAAUGUGCAAAGGCGUUCUCAUUAAUGAUUUAAGACAGCUUUGCAACUUCCAUCUGUUGUGCCUGAACUGAGAAACGAUGUCUGAUGUAGGGCUCCAAAUCUCUCACCCUCUUCGAGAGACGUAGACACGGUCACAAUCUGCAUUUGUAUUUCAUUCGGAAGUUCAGCCUGCAUUUUAUUUCUGAGCGGCGUGCAUUUACUUGGCAGCAAACAGAAUCGGUGCUCAAUUCAAACUCUCCAGCAUUCACGUGCAUUUCCAAUGGUGCAAAACUUCAGACAAACUCAGAACAGAACCUACUCACUAAGUGUUGCGUGUCUUUUUACAAACAGCCGUUGUUUUUCUGCAUUUGAUCCCUUGAGAAACAGAGUCUGAAGGUUAACUAGCUUCAGAUAUCAUUUUCACUGUUUUGUGACGUUGGCUAUCAUGCUGUCAUUGUGUGUGACAGUACACUGUGGUUUUGCAAUGUUGAGUUGCCGUUGUUCUCUGUCUUUACCAGUAUCUUGAACUUGCUUUUAGCUUAUCUGAAGAAUCCUAACUGCCGGCACUAAACAGCCUACCUCAUUCCAUUCAAACUGUGUGAUACAUAUACUAGGUGAUGCAUAUACUAGGUGGGACUGGCAGUUGAAAGGUCAAAGUCUCACUUGAUUUGAAUAAAAUGAGACAGGCUGUUCAGUCCCGGCACUUAGGAUUCUGCAGACAAGCCCAAAACAGCUCAAGACCAGGUAAAGGCUGAUUUAAAAUAACAACUCAAUAUAUUGGAGCAGCAGAGGCCAGAACCUCUGACAAUGAUUAGAAACACCUUGAACUAGUAAAAAGGAAGCUGAAAUGAGUUUUGAAGCUACUCAGUCUUUCGUAACUGGGUCCCAGUGUGUUUGGAAUACACACAAUGUAUGUUUUGAUUUAGGGAGGGGCUGCGUGGUUGUUGAUCUCUUUAACCCAGAGCAGUGUCUCAAUUCUUGGGAAGCGUGGUGGUUUUUUUUUCCAGCUCUGUGAAUGAGACAGGUGUUUCAGUGUACUGUUCUGUGUAUCUGUCUGCUAAGGAUAGCAUGGUGCUCUCCUGUGCUUUAUAGGCACACAACUGAGAAUCAAUCCAGUUUACUGUAACCUUUGCAUUUUAUUUUCUUAUGUUACAAACACACUGGCAUAAAAAAAAACAAAAAACAAGGGGAUCGUUUUUUUUU